CUGAUAUGGCUUAUUGGGUCUUCAAGCUUCACAGCUGAGGCAGCUAACUAAAUACCUAUGAUUACCGUCACGUUCGUUAGGCAUGGAGAGUCGAUGGACAACUUGCGCUCGGUGUGGGCUGGUUGGUCAGACUCUCCACUGAGCAAUCACGGAAUGAACCAAGCCAGAGCGCUCGGAGAGUCAUUCACCGAUACCCGUCUGACUACAAUCUACACUUCCCCUCUGAAGCGAGCACACAUGACAGCGACAGCUUUGCGUGACGCCCAACCUGAACCAAAGCCCAUGAUUAUUAUCUCCCCUCUCCUGAAAGAGCAACAUUUUGGUGCUGCAGAGGGUAGUCCUUGGUUAAUUCGACAAGAUCCCAGUAGAACGCUAGAGGAACACUUUGCAGAUGGCAGAUACCCUGUGCUAUACGAGCGGACUCAGAAGUUCCCAGGCGGGGAGAGUUUGGACGACCUCGCCGCGCGUGCAGAUGAGGCUGUUCGUCAGCUCCUCCUUCACCACAUCUUGCAGGCAGCCAGAAUUGGAUCCCAAGACGAUCACAUAGCUCUAGUAAGCCAUGGGCUCUGUAUCAGUGAAAUGGUAGCUGCUCUCGUCAAGCAAAACCACGAAGGGACUCCAGAUACAAGUUAUCGCGGAUUGAGGAACACAGCUUGGGCGCGGGUGACAGUACAGGUCAAGGGUGAACGCGCUGGAGAAGUGGUGUGUAUUGAUGAAGAUGACCCUCCCUUACUGGUCAAGGUCACGGAUUUCAACCGUCACGAGCACAUCAGCUCCGUAAAACGCCAGAAAGGGGGAAUCGGUAGCUCAGCCUACGACCCAAAACAGCAAAAAAUUCGCGACUUCUUCGGGGGAAAGGCAGUUAAAGAUCCUGUCGAAGCUCUUGAGCGUAGUGAAAGCAAUGCUGAGGAUGAAGUCACGCUAGAGAGGAACUAAUUUUACCAACGACUGUACCCCUCGUGACUGGGUGCCGAUACAUCUCCAAGAAUUUUCCGCAGUUCAGAACGUCGAUUACAGCAUUCGAAAUGUACCUCUAGUCUAGUGAAUCUGUUCAAUUUCCGUACGGCAGUAACUUCUUCAAGAUAGACGAUUGUGUAUUGCUGGAGUAUGCAGUCUCUCCAAGGUGAUUUUUACGCCCAGGUCUUUUCGUGACAUUCAAGUGAGCGUGUCCAGUACUCACUCUCUUGAACUUCCCAUUAGCGAUGGCACGCCAUCUUUUCUUCGCCCCGCUAUGCGACUUGAGCUUUGGGAAAUUUGAGACAGCUGUAGUCGAAAAUGAACGCGCCGUUAACAGUAGUUGCUGCAGGAACAUCGCUGAAGA